AUUAUUUGAGAUCAGGAAGUCAAGUAUUCUCCUUGCCUUGAAUUCAAAACCUUCUCUGUUUCCCAAGUCCUUCUAAAUCUUUUCCGCUUUCUUCAACUCAUAUAAAAACCAUGGGAUUCCGGUUGCCUGGAAUUGUUAACACCAAGAAAAGUCUUAUUCAACCUCUAUCUGCUGCUAAGACCUUAGAUGUCCCGAAAGGUUAUCUCGCAGUCUAUGUUGGGAAGAAACAGAUGAAGAGAUUUGUAAUCCCAGUAUCAUAUUUGAACCAACCUCUGUUCCUGGAUUUGCUGAGUCAAGCUGAAGAAGAAUUUGGAUACGAUCAUCCAAUGGGUGGUCUCACAAUUCCUUGCAGCGAAGACACCUUCCAUGAUCUCACUUCCCGCCUGAGUGUGUAAAGGAACAAUAAUGAAGUGGAUCUUGGAUCCGAAACCUCCUCAUUUCAAAACUCGCUGCUGACUCAAGAUAAAGAUGAGUCUAUGCUUGAUCAUCCAACUGAAUGGACUCACAGCUGUUCAAGGAAAACUUUGGGAACACUGAAGCUGCAAUAGAGCUGAGCAGGAAGAUACAAAAUUUUUGAAGCAGACAAAUGAUGACCUUGGUCCAAAAUCAGGACUCCAAUUUUGAACUCACAGUAUUCUGUGUUUCAAUCCCUUGUAAACUUCUUUAUUGCUAUCAAUAACAGUAUGGGAAUAUAUUUUAAGUGCUCA